AUGAAACUUGUUCUUUCCUUUAUCCUAAGCCUGGCAUGCUUCGCCAACGCUGCGGUCAUUCCUUCACUGGAAAGCAAGAUUGAAGCUCGAGAUGAUGUUACUGGAUACCGCUCCGUAGCUUACUUCGUUAACUGGGCUAUCUAUGGCAGAGACUUUCAGCCCCAGAAUCUUCCUGCUGACAAGCUCACUCAUGUUUUGUACGCCUUUGCCAAUGUCCGCGCAGAGACUGGGGAGGUCUAUCUGUCGGACACAUACGCGGAUACUGAUAAACAUUAUCCCACGGAUUCCUGGAAUGAUGUCGGCGAUAAUGUCUAUGGCUGUGUCAAACAGCUUUACCUGCUGAAGAAGGCGAACAGAAAGCUGAAGGUGCUCCUGUCGAUUGGGGGCUGGACUUACUCCUCUAACUUCGCUGGACCACUUGCUACUGAGGCUGGAAGAGCCCUAUUUGCCUCAUCCGCUGUACAGUUGGUGCAGGAUCUUGGAUUCGAUGGCUUGGAUAUUGAUUGGGAGUACCCUGCCGAUCCAAGCCAAGCUGCCAACAUGGUAUCUUUGUUGCAAGCCGUGCGCUCAGCCUUGGAUACCUAUAGUGCGACAUAUGCCCCAGAUCAUCAUCUGCUGUUGACGGUUGCAUCUCCAGCUGGCCCAACCAACUAUGAGAAGCUUCUUCUGGCUCAGAUGGACCAAUACCUUGACUUCUGGAACCUCAUGGCAUACGAUUAUGCCGGAAGUUGGGAUACAGUCUCUGGCGACGAUGCAAACAUCUAUGCCUCUACUGACGAUCCAUCAAGCACACCAUUCAACACGGAGCAGGCUAUCACUUACUAUACCGCGAACGGGGUGGCUGCCAACAAGAUCGUCAUGGGUAUGCCACUGUAUGGGCGCUCAUUUACAAACACAAAUGGGCUUGGUCAAAACUUUACUGGAGUUGGCAGUGGUAGCUGGGAAAACGGCGUCUGGGAUUACAAAGCGUUACCCCAGGCGGGUGCGACGGUUUAUGAACUCGAUCAGCCAGUUGCAAGCUAUAGCUAUGAUCCCUCUACUCUCACGCUGAUUAGCUACGACACUCCCGCGAUCGCUCAGUUAAAGGCCCAGUACAUCAAAACCAAGGGCCUAGGUGGUGGCAUGUGGUGGGAGAGUAGCUCUGACAAAGAUGGAGCAGAUAGCCUUAUUACUACAGUGGUUACUGCAUUCGGUGGUGUUGGCGCUCUUGACCAGAGCGAGAAUCAACUCAGCUACAAUGGCUCGAAAUACGCCAACCUAGCUGCUGGAAUGCCAUCCAGCUAG